GGGCAGCUUUAACUGGACACCAAGAUUUCUGAUCCUAAGAAUUUCGUGACAGAUGCAGAAGAGACAAAAGACAGAGAUUCCAUGUUACUUGCUAUCUCCUGACCACCAAAGAAAAUGAUUGAGGCUCAGAAAUUGUUAACUUUGGAGGAUGUGGCUGUGAACUUCACCUGGGAGGAGUGGCAGCUCCUGGACCCUACUCAGAAGGAGCUGUAUUGGGAUGUGAUGUUGGAGAACUAUAACAACCUGAUAUCAAUGGGGUAUCAAGCUAGCAAACCACAUGCACUCUCCAAGCUGGAACAAGGAGAAGAGCCAUGGAUAAUAGAAGAUGAAAUCUGCAGUAUAGUUUGUCCAGAAAUGAGAAAAGUUGACAGUCAUCUAAAACAGCACUUUCAAAACCAAAUCUUUCUCAAAAGAAUUGAACAAUGCACUGAACAGAAUGCAUUUGAAAAUAUUAUUCAUCUGAGCAAAACCCAUUUUCCCCUAAUGCAGAAUCAUGAUAUGUUUGGCUUAUAUAGAAAAACUUUGAAAUCAAAUUUAAGUGUAGCCAGCCAGAACAGAACAUCUGAAAUAAAGAACCCUGCUGAUUUUCAUAGAGAUAGAAAAAACCUUCUACAUGGUAAGCAUGAACAAUUUCAUGCUGAAAUUAAAUUCCCUGAAACUGCAAAAUGCAUCAGCACUAAAUCCCAAGUCUUUAAAAAUCAGAGAACUCACAGCAUAGAGAAACCUCAUGCAUGCGUUGAAUGUGGGAAAGCAUACGUCAAGAAGUCUCAGCUCAUUUACCAUCAAAGCAUUCAUCAAGGAGAGAACCUCCAUGGAUGUGGUCAAUGUGGAAAAUCCUCUAGAAAUUUCACAUUUUCCAAGCAUCAGAAAACUGAUACAGGAGAGAAACCCUAUAUAGCUAGUGAAUAUGGAAAAAGCUCCACUGUAAAGAGCAGUCUUACUGUGCAUCAGCAAAGCCAUAUGGGAGAGAAAUGCUAUAUAUGCAGUGAAUGUGGAAAAGGCUUCACAAUGAAGCGCUAUCUGAUCGCACAUCAGCGAACUCAUUCUGGAGAGAAACCCUAUGUUUGCAAGGAAUGUGGAAAAGACUUCACUGUGAAGAGUAAUCUCAUCGUACAUCAACGAACUCAUACAGGGGAGAAACCCUAUAUAUGCAGUGAAUGUGGAAAAGGCUUCACCAUGAAACGCUACCUUGUUGUACAUCAACGCACUCAUACUGGAGAGAAACCCUAUAUAUGCAAUGAAUGUGGAAAAGGCUUUACCGUGAAGAGCAAUCUUGUCGUGCAUCAACGAUCUCAUACGGGGGAAAAGUCUUAUAUAUGCAACGAAUGUGGAAAAGGAUUCACUGUGAAGCGCACUCUCAUUAUACAUCAGCGAACUCAUACAGGAGAGAAAUCUUAUAUAUGCAAUGAAUGUGGAAAAGGCUUCACCACAAAGCGCACUCUCGUUAUACAUCAGCGAACUCAUACUGGAGAGAAACCCUAUGUAUGUAAUGAAUGUGGUAAAGCCUUCAGCCAGAAGAUAUGCCUCAUACAACAUGAGCGUUGUCAUACAGGGAAUACUCCAUUUGUAUGUACUGAGUGUGGAAAAUCCUAUUCGCACAAAUAUGGUCUCAUUACGCAUCAGAGAAUUCACACAGGAGAGAAACCGUAUGAGUGCAGUGAAUGUGGGAAAGCCUUCACCACAAAGUCAGUUCUCAAUGUACAUCGAAGAACUCACACGGGAGAGAGACCAUAUGGAUGCAGUGAUUGUGAGAAGGCUUUUUCCCACUUGUCAAACCUUGUUAAACAUAAGAGAAUGCACACAAGAGAAAUGUGUAAAUUCAGUCAAGGUGAAAGCUCUUUUAACAGAGAGUCAAAGCUCAUUACUUCCAAGUGAUCUCAUUCAAAAGAAAAAGAAAAAACCCUGUGAAUACAGUG